AUGAUACAAAAUGUUCUUUAUGUUACAGAGGUGUUUCUCCACCGAGGCCCAGACUGGCUGGUGGCUUUCCUUGUGGCGUUCAGCCUUGUGCUUGGAGCAGCUGGUGUGUUGAUGUUCUUCUGCAGAAAACGAUUGAAAAAAGUUAAAGUUUAUGAAAAUCUAAAAAAGGGAUUUAAAAAUCUGGAUAAUGAACUGAAAUCUGCCAAACAAGACCAAAAAUACAUGAAAAAAACACUGGAACUGAAAAAACAAUUCACCAAAUCAGAGUGGGAGGUCGUUGGCAGUUGUAAAUGCUGCAAGGAUCUUCUCGUGGGGUUUGUCAAGGCCAGAAUCCACAGUUAUGCAGGUUAUGAGGAGGUUCUCACAGAAUUAGAAAAGACCCAAUUUGGGUUGUACAGAAGUUAUGCAGUUACAGUCACUCUGGAUCCUGACACAGCCCAUCCCCGGCUCAUCCUGUCUGAGGACCUGACCAGUGUGAGACGCGGAGACGAAGAGCAGCCGCUCCCUGACUCCCCGAAGAGGUUUAGUUACUAUCCCAUUGUCCUGGGAUCUGAGGGCUUCACAUCGGGAAGACAUUACUGGGAGGUGCAGGUGGGCAACAAGUCAAUGUGGGCUGUGGGAUUGGCCACAGAGUCUGUCAACAGGAAACAACCAAUCAGAUGGUCACCAGAGGGUGGGGUCUGGGGGGUGGGACUGUGGUAUGGGGUCCAUUAUGAGGCUCUGACGUCACCCCCCACCCCCCUGACCCUGACAGUGAGACCCGGGAAGGUCGGGGUUUACAUGGACUAUGAGGGGGGACAGGUGUCAUUUUACAACGCUGACAACAUGGCUCAUCUCCACACUUUCACCGACACAUUCACUGAGAAACUUUAUCCUCUGUUCAGUCCCUGGUUUGAUUCUGACCCUCUGACAAUCUGCCGGUGACGGUUAAUGAGGAGGAACAUUUGUCCAUUAUAAUAAGGAGAAAAACCCUCAGCCAUUAACUUCAUACAAUGGCGGUGAAAAUAUUCUUGGGGGGUGGGGGGGAAGGGUGUGCACUUUAAAAUGGGCAUCACCCCGACCAUCACCCUAUACACACCCUCACAUUCCCCCCCCAC